AUGGAAGAGUUUGACUUCCGUUGGAGUGGUGUUGCUCCUAAAUACAUGGAAGAUGAAACUAAGGUGCAAGACAAAAGUCAGGUGGAAGAUGAAACUGGAGUGCAAGAUAAAAGUCAGGUGGAAGAUGAAACUGGGGUGGAAGAUAAUGUUGAUGUUGAAGAUCAAGAUGAAGCUGAGGUUGUAGACAAUGAAGAAGAUGAUGGAGAAUUUGUUGAUAGUGAUUACGAGUUCAGUGAAGAAGAAUUUAGGUUUAAGACAGUUGAAGUGCAUGUUCGUGAAGGGGCAGAGAACACUAUGAGUGGUAGCAAUGAGGGGCCUGCUUUUGAAGCUCUUGGAGAGGUGUCAUCAUAUGGUGAGCACACCUCAGAUUUUGAUACUGAAAGUGAGGGUGAUGGGGAUGAUAUGGAAGGGGAUAAUGAAGGGAUAAGUAAGGUGAGAAGGAAAAAAAAACUGCCUCGGUUUAAGCAAUAUAGAAGGGAGGUGCACUUAAUGAAUCCUGAGUUUCAGCUUAGGAUGCAAUUUGAAAACAAACAGGUUCUUAAAGAGACACUCAGGGAAUAUUCCAUUAUUCAUGGAAGGAAACUGUUCUUUGAAAAAAAUGACAAGACGAGAGUAAAGGAAAUUUGCAGAGGACGAUUAAAAUGUCCAUUUGUGCUUUAUGCUUCACAGAUAAACCAAGAUGUGCAAACAUUUGCAAUUAAGAAAUUGAGCUUAGAACACACAUGUGGGAGGGUGGAGAAACUAAAGUUUGCUAAUCCCAAAUGGAUUUGUGAGAGAUUUUCUAGCAAGAUUAAGAGAAACACUUAUUGGAAUCUAAAAGCUUUUCAAGGAGAAGUUUUGGAGUCCUAUCAUGUGAGGGUGUCCAAAACUCAAGUGUAUAGGGCAAAGAGAUUGGCUAAAGCACAAAUUGAAGGAAACUAUAGAUAG